AUGAGGUCCCUCUUGCUCCUCGGUUUUGUCCUGCUCGCCGGCGCUGCGCCGCCGCCGGGCAAGGACGGUGAGUGCGGGGCGACGCGGCCGGACCACCUGGCGCUGAAGCUGGCACCGUGCGCGUCGGCGGUGGAGGACCCGGAGUCCGCGCCGUCGGCCGGCUGCUGUGCGGCGGUGCGGGACGUCGGGCGGCGGCACAGCCCCGGGUGCCUCUGCGCUCUGCUGCUGUCCGACACCGUGAGGCACUCCGGGGUCAACCUGGACGCGGUCAUCACCAUCCCCAAGCGCUGCAACCUGGCGAGCCGCCCCGUCGGCUACAAGUGCGGCGAGUACACGCUGCCCGGUCUGCACGAGUGA